AUGCCGUACGUGGCUACGGACGCUUUCAAUGCUGGUAACGUCUCUCACGGGGUACGUAUGUGCCUUUCGGUGGUAAUUCAUGGCCGCGAGGAAGGCUCGCAGUUGCCGUUCGAGGAAACGUUGCGAUCGAUUAAAGAAAGGUUGUAUCGAUAAUUACAGCUACGAAACACAAAAUCUUAAUUUCAAGGAUUUCAACAACGUAAAGGAAAAAGUCUUUAGUUUUGUACUUUUAAUCAAUGAGCGAAAAUCGAUAGCCAGUACAAGCGUUAAGAAAUCGUUUAAAAGAAUAAGUGGAAACCUGUUCUGUACGCGACAUAUAGAAAAUCCAGAGGAGAUCAGGUCCAAGGCCCAGUUCUAUUUGUCAUUCGUGCGAAACCAGAUUUGUCACAUUCGUUCGCUGGGGUAUCUGGUAUUAACGUCAUCGUGCGUAUAUUUUCAGGAAAAUGGUCCAAAAUCAGUUGUCACGAAUUCUCAACCAAUCGCUGCAGAACUCACCACAAAAGUUGUCAAAACGUAUCCAUUUAAGGUUCUAAAUCAGAAUUACACGGUAGACAGAUUCAUAAAUUUCAACUACAACAAGGAAGCUGCGAAUUACCUUCUAACGAAACGGGCCAAGGUUAAGUUGAACGAAAAUGAAAUCGACGUGAUGAAGCAGGUGAAGUCUCUGUCGACCGAAUGGCGAAAGAAGCUUAUGCACCAAUUAAUGGUGGACCGAAACAUAAUACCAGGGCUGAGACAGAAACAGGUGCUGCGCGGUAAUUGCUUGUCCCGGGAAAACAAGGUACCUGGAAGCUUAGCUGGCCUACCUAAAGACCUGUGGGACGACCAAUACUUGGAAGAUGGAAUGUGGAAAUCGAAGCCACGAAAGAGACCUUUAAUAGGCACGAUGAACUGUAUGUUAGAUAUGCCUGGAUAUAACGCGCUGCCAUAUUCCUAUUCCUACAAAGAACUCACCGACUGGGGCUCGAAAAAUUUUAUCGCGACAGCAGUUAAAAACUGCGUGGCAUUCUACGACACCAACAAAUCUGACGUUUAUCAAUCUCCGAAAAACGUGGAAAUAUCGGAUGUUUGCGCGAUAAAAUGGAACAACGCUGGCAGCAAACUGGUAAUAUGCACCCUGAUGUUAGAAGUGAACCUUUACUGCAUAGACACGCAAAAGAUGAUUUGGACGGCUACAGGCAGAAACAUCGUGCGUUGCAUUUGUUGGUCUGAGAACGACCAGCAUAUCGUCGUCGGCACCAAAGGGGAAAUCCUGGUUUAUUCGGCGAAGGAUGGGAAAGUUGAUCAUUUAUUUCAAGUACAGUCUGCGACUGUUGUGGCGCUUGCAUUCUCGUCGAAUUAUCGAUAUCUCGCGUCUUCUGCGUUGGACAGAAACGUGCGAAUUUUCAACUGGACAAAUUUCUCCCCGCAUCUGGACAUCAUUUAUUACGAAUCUGUCACGUCGCUGGCCUGGCAACCAUACGAGAGUGGUGUGUUAUGCGUCGGCGGUGGUAUGGGUGACGCUUCGCUGUCCCUUUGGAACAUGAACAAAUUAAAUCCGCCAAUCUAUCGUGACGUGAAGUUUGAUGGUGCCGUGGAGAAUAUGUUGUGGAACAAGCACAGCGGAGAGUUGGUCGUUCAUUGGUCGUACUUGAAAAGACGGAAGCAAUACACCGUGGUGCCGGUUUUCGCGAGUCUCGAUCGCAUAGUGGACGUGUUACCCGUGGACAAGGAAAUGCAAGUGAACGCUGUUAUGUGGAACUCUGAUCACACGCAGCUAGCCAUUCAAGCCGACGAUUGUUUAUCAAUAUGGAAUUUCUUCGGCAAUGAGUCCCAACACUCAAAACGUAAGAAACAGCGGAAAGUGAUGCACGAUGAUACAACGAUGAAUUUCAAAGAAUUUAAAUACUACGACAUACGAUAG